AUGGCCGGAGGAGGCAAGACCCUGCACUUCUGCGAGUCCGAUCCAGAAGCGCAGCCAAUGGGGAACGAAUGGCCACGGAAGAAGAAAGGGGAGGGAGCGUCGGAUCCGGCAGGUUUUAUUCUUUUUAUUUUAUUGUUAUUAUUAUUCAAGAGAAGUCAGACGCCGUGGAGAAGGGUCACCCAAAAUAAAAUAAAAUUGAAACUUCUGUCAUUCCAGGUGAAACUCCCAUCCGCGCCAGCAGCGCCGCCGAGGGAAGAGGUGGGUGGGAGACCAGAGAGCAGCUUCGGAGGGUGUAAACUUUUGGGGUCCCCCCCCCUCUCCCACUGCGCGCGCCCUCCGCUCUUCUCUCCCCCCCUUCUUUGCGCGCGUGUCCUUUCCUCUUCACCUUCUCCCGCUGCUGCUGCUGCCGCUUCCCCCCCUCACGCCUCCCUUCCUUCCUCCUUCCUCCUCGCCGCUUUUGCUUCCCGGUGUGUUUUUCCGCCUCGCUCCGUCUCUCGCAGUCACCCAGCGGGCUGCUGCUGCUGCUGCUGCUGGAGCUGGUUCCUGGAGCUGCUGGAGGGAAGGGAAGGCGAGCGAGAGGAGGAGCUUAGCGGUCUCCCUCCCUCCCUCUCUCGCGCUCUCGCUCUCUUUCCAGGCGCGUCUCGCAGCAGCAGCAGCAGCAGCAGCAGGCUCGGAAGAGCCGCCUCUCCGCCCCUCCCGGCACCAAAGUGCAGGCAACGGCGGGAGCGCUGCAAGGGCUGUCUCCGGCCGGCUUGGGUCGAGGGCUGGCCGCCCAGCCGCGCUUCCACACCCAGGGAGGGGAGGCGGGUAGAGCAGGCCACGCAAGGCCAGCCCAGCCAGCCAGCGAGCGGGCGGGCGGGCAAGGCUGAGCUGCACACGCAUCACGCGGAGGGAAACGCUCCCGCUCCGAGCGGGGAGGGCAGUUUCCGCCUUCUGCGUACUGUACCUACAGUAGGCGCGCCUUUCCCGGGCCAGGAUUCCCACCCUCUGCCCCACAUCCAGCGACGCGCCACAACAGGUUCCUGUUUCUCCCCCCGCCCCGGCGCGUCCCCCCCGCGACAAGGACCGGUCCCUCCUCUCGCGGGGAAGUUUGAGGGCUGCGUUCAGGACAGCGCCAAAGAGUCGAAAGAAGAAUGGAUUUCAUCACUCGGCAGAUCAGAUCAAAAGGAAAUCAGGCAACAAGUUCAAGAAAGGCCUCUUCCUGAGACUUUGGAGAGCUCCUGUCAAGGUGUUAGAUGAUGCUAGAAGACUGGGAAAUUACACUGUGUGAUGUGACGUUAUCUGCAUAAAUUAUAUGAAAUAACAACAGGAAGAAGUUUCCAUUGUGGGAUAGGUAUUUUUCCGACUUCUUGAGAAAUUCACAGGAGGUUGACCUUUCCUUGAAUCAGACAAUCUUGAUUAUGAGUCAAAUCUGAGCUCUCACUAUGAAGUCUUUUUUUAAAUGUCUGUUUGAAAAAUGACCAGACUAUCUUAUCAAGCGGGCUCUUUCAGGAUUUGGGGGAAGCUUUCCUAAACAAUAGACAAACCUCAAGCGCAAGAAUCUGCUUACCUUAAUGGCUCACUAAUGCUUUAUAUCCACUGUUCUGGUGUGGUCCCUUAUAGAUUCACAGAAACAUUCUGGGUGCAUUAUUAUUUGCUUCAUAGAAUUUGCCCAUUUGGUUUUUGGUUGUGUAAAAAAACCCUCGUUGUCAGGGAAGCUGCAAUUUUGGGAGAACCAUUUGCAGUGAAAUAUAAUGAGGAUUGGCUGAUCCCAGUGAGCAGGACUGAUUCUGAAUGGGAAUGACAUCACCAAAGAGCUGAACUAACUCCAAGAGAAACCUACUGAACUGGAAACAAAGCACUGGAGAAAGCUAAAGAAGACUUUUUAUGUUUCGCUUCACAGUUAUUUCAAGACGCUGCUUUUCAACAAAUCCCCGUGUCCCCAAAAAACACUCCAAACCUUAAUAAGAUUUUUAAAAUGUGCCAUAACACAUUUUUAAAAGGCUUAGAUAUACAUAUGUAUUUAUGUCUGACUAAUAUUUUACAAAUUGACUGUGUUGGCUUACUAAUAAUGUGUAAAUAGCAAGGGAGCUGGUGGUGAAUAACUUUGAAUUCCAUUAUUAAACAGUGCCCCUUAGCACAAAAAACCUCACCACACUUCUUGUUGCAGGCCACAUAAAAAUGGCUAUUUGAUAACUGUAUAGUCAGGGCAAAAUGUGUGUCUAUUUAUCCAACAUACAUGCUACCGUGUACACCACUUUGAAGUUUUAUUCUUUUUUUUACAAUCAAGUGGUGUAUUAAUAUUAUGAAAUAAAAAUGUAAAAUUA